GACUGCUUUUCCUGUUCAUUGUGACUCAAAAUUACUAUUCAUCGAGUUCUUAUUGGCUGUUGCUUUGAUGUGGAUCCAGAUUUCCUUUCCUCUCCCUUUGAACUAUCGUCGAGACUGUGGGUUGGGUCUGACAUGAAACACUCUGCGAGGAAAAUCGCGUUGGUCACAAAUCGACGGCAUAGACCCGGUAAGGCCAAGAAGCACUCUUGGAAUGCUGAUGGGAUGUAUCUGCCAGCUUUCUUUCGGUUUCGUUUGGUUACUUUGGAUUGGGGCUCAGGCCCCUCUCUCUCUCUAACUUUAAUUCAAAAAAAUUGCUCUCAUCCCUCUCUUCCUUUCCUCUCGCUUCUGAAGCUCCCCAGGGCUGCCGCCGGCAUCUCUUGGUGACCGGCGGUAGCCCACCCCCUUUUUCUUUCUUCCUGCUACCUCCCUUUAAUUCCCUGUCUUUGUUUUUGAUGUUUUCACUCUGCUUUCAAGCUUUUCAAGCCAUUCUUGGCAUUUCGCUCCCCUGUUCUAGGGUUUUUUGCUGGGAUUUGCUCUCCUUUGGGGCUGGGUUUUGCAUCUUGGGGCUUCUCUCAUGAUGGUUGGUUUAACAUCUUUUGUGGUGAAUCGAUUCUCUGGUUUUCCCCUUCGUUCUUCCCAGGUAGUUGUUCUGCAUCUAGGUGGCCGACGGAGGAUGGAUUGCAGAGUCUAGCCUUGCUGCUCGUGGGUUCAGUUCUUUGAUCGGGGAUCUGGGUUCUUCUGCUUCCCUUGUCAAAGUCUUGGAGCCUCGUCUUCCCCUGCCUUUUCAGCUCGGAGCAUUUCGAUCCUCAUCUCUGUCCACCGCCAUGUAAUCUCUCACCCGUGAUUCACUGUGUUGAGCGUCUUCGAGCGACUCCCAAGAGGCGGCUAAUGACAUUGUGAUCAAUCGUCAUGGACUCGGUCGGAUCGGACGAGCUGUUUGCGCUUGGUACUACUUCGUUUGUUUUGAUUGCAAGAGAGCUUUCGGUGUAUACUGAUUUUGGUUCAAGUGUUUCAGAUCCUUUGUUGGAUGACUCUUUCUCGUUUGUGUGCUCUUCUUGUUGUAUCUCUGAAGCUUUGAUUGAGCAUCUAUGUGCUUUUGUUUCUCUGUCCUUGUUCUAUUUUUAGUUUGCUUUGUGGGUUCUCUUGUAAUCGAUCAUUCAAAGUGCAAUGCAAGUAUCCUUUGUAAAAAAAAAAAGAUUGGGGCUCAAUUAUCUAUGCGUUAAAAGUUGGAACCCAACCAUAUUUCCUUGCAGAGAGAGCAUGGAGUGUGUCAGUGGGUGGAGGUAUCAGGGAAGGCUAAAAAUCACAACAACUCUUUUUCUCCACCACAUAUUCUACUUACCCCUCAUUUCCUCUCACUUUUUCUUUUGCCCAUCCCGUUUCUUUUCGCUCUUUCCGGUAUCUCUCACCCAUCUCACUUUCAGAUUCUUCCCUGCUAUCAACGGGAUCAUAGAGGAAAUCGUCAAGUUCGGUCAGAACUCUCCAGUAGGCGAGAGUUGAAGGGCGUGGUAUCUUGUCGUUAACUACGUCUAUGGUGAGAAACUGAAAAGCGGAUUCAAGUGGAUGGUUGUAUGCAGAUCAAAAGGGGAUUCCAGGAGUUUGCAACUCCAGCGUUGAUGCUACGACCACCGUACGGUAGAUGAGGUAAGCAACAGUUGCUUCUUUACUCCGGUGGAUACAGCUCUGGGUGCUGUCAAAUAAUAUGUGAGUUUUUGCUUUUAAGAUUUGUUCCCUCUCUUAUGAUGUCCUUUGUUUCUCUUCCUUUAAUCUCUCGGUUUGGUGUUUUAUUUGCGGUCUCCUUUACCACCUUCCAGAAGGUGGUACUGGGAUCACGAUGACUGAAUAAUAGGGGUCGAUUGUAGAUUUGAAGGUAGGGAAGAUAGUUGUUGUCUGAUUGUUUACUUAAGUCUUUUGGUAACUCCAUGGUAUAAUGAUUCUUCUCUGCUUUUUUUUUUGUUAUUAUUAAUUGUGGUGGUGGGCUCUUCUUAAUCACUUGAUUCGUGCUUUGGUGUAUAAAAUAAGAGAAACAAUCUAAUUUCUAAGGGGUUUGUGAACUACGUCCAAUUUUCUCACCCACUUGAGUCCUGGACAUCACUAGACGUUUAUAGUCCUUCUGCAUAAUGACAGAUCUCUGGCCAUCGACUAGAAGUUUUGGGUAAUAUAUUUCCUUUUAAAUAAAUCAAUCAUAUUCUUAUGGAUAGUGGUAACUGUUAGAGAGUACUAGAUAUGCCUGAUAGUUACUCAAUGCUUAGCAUUGUUCUUGAACUGAGAUGUACUUCCCCAUUGAUUUCAGUUGUGGUUAUUAAGCCACUAGUGAGUGGAUUGAUUUGGCAAGUGAAUGGUGAUGAUCUGUUGUCACUGUCUAUGGUAAAUCUUCAAGCUAUAUCUUGCAUUUCUACGUUUUCAUUUUUGGAAAGUAAGAAUUGAUGUUCUUCACUUUUGUCAAGUACUCUUUUUGUUUAGUUUUGACUCUGAAUCUUAAUCAUAUAUAUAACUCUGUUUCUAGCUUUUGUUUCCUUCUCUCACGUUAUCUGCAACUAAUGUAUGCAGAUGGAUUUUGUUUAUGAAGGAGCUUUUGUUUUGUAAUAAUCUAUAUUGAAUCCCCUAACUAGAAAAUGCCUGCAUUGGUUUGAGUAUUUUUUUGGUAAAGGAGACUUACUAUGUCGAGAAACUGUGCUGAUUAUUGAUGAAUCGUAGGUUGUUUUGCUUGUAACUCACAAGCGAGAGCAUGACGUAAGUGCCGAAAACCUAUUUUGUUUAUUGAUUGAUUACUGGAACUAAUGCCGAACUUACAUAUUUAUAUAAGAAAUAAACCUAAUACGUAAACCUAAUACUAGCCGAACUCCUACUCCUACUCGACUACCCCUCUCCUUGCCACACAAGAAACUCAAACACACAAGAAACCCAACACGAUCCUCUACCCCUAAAGCCCAACCCAUAAAUAUACUCAUCAAUUAUCU